AUGACGACGGCGACACUGCAGAACGGCGCUGUGUCCAACGGCGGGGGCAGUGGUGCUGCCGCCGCAGACACUAACGCGGUGGCCAAUGGAAAUCUGGGUGGCUCAAACCCUAGCUCCGGCAAGAAGCUGAGGGAGAGCGACCGUCGCCGACGGAGGCGCAAGCAGAAGAAGAACAAGGCCCGUGAUGCAUCCGCAGCCGCCAAUGUCGACGAUAGCGAUGGCGACGAGACGAAAGAGAACGACGAUCCUCAGAAGGGUUUUGAGCAAGUCGUAGUGGAAUAUGUUCCAGAGAAGGCAGAGUUGGAAGAUGGUGUGGAUGAUGAAUUCAGAAAGAUCUUUGAGAAAUUUAGUUUUGUGGAAGGCACUGCUGCUGAGGAUACUGACAAGAAAGAUGAAGCGGCACAAGCUGUUGAGCCUAAGAAGAAGGCCGACUCAGAUUCUGAUUCUGAAGAUGGAGAGCAAGAUAACCAGCAGAAGGAUAAGGGAGGCUUGUCAAACAAGAGGAAAAAGCUUUUACGAAGAAUGAAAAUUGCGGAACUGAAACAGAUUUGCUCAAGACCUGAUGUGGUUGAGGUUUGGGAUGCUACUGCAUCAGAUCCGAAGUUGCUUGUAUUCUUGAAGGCGUACAGAAACACUGUUCCUGUACCAAGGCAUUGGUGUCAGAAACGGAAGUAUCUUCAGGGUAAGCGUGGUAUUGAGAAGCAGCCUUUCCAGCUCCCCGAUUUCAUUGCCGCAACAGGAAUUGAAAAAAUUCGUCAGGCAUAUAUUGAGAAAGAGGAUGGUAAGAAGUUGAAGCAGAAGCAACGAGAGCGAAUGCAGCCUAAGAUGGGGAAGAUGGAUAUUGAUUAUCAGGUUCUCCAUGAUGCCUUUUUCAAGUUCCAAACGAAACCAAAAUUAACAAGUCAUGGCGACUUGUACCACGAAGGGAAGGAGUUCGAGGUGAAACUUAGAGAGAUGAAGCCAGGCUCUCUUUCGCAAGAACUAAAAGAAGCUCUUGGUAUGCCUGAAGGUGCCCCUCCACCAUGGCUUAUUAAUAUGCAGAGAUAUGGCCCUCCACCAUCAUACCCUCAUUUGAAGAUCCCUGGACUGAAUGCACCAAUUCCUCCAGGAGCUAGCUUUGGUUAUCAUCCCGGUGGCUGGGGCAAGCCUCCAGUUGACGAAUAUGGGCGGCCUUUGUAUGGAGAUGUUUUUGGGGUUCAGCAACAAGAACAACCUAACUAUGAGGAGGAGCCGGUCGAUAAGAGUAAGCAUUGGGGUGAUUUGGAGGAAGAGGAAGAGGAGGAAGAGGAAGAGGAGGAGGAAGAGGAAGAGAUGGAAGAAGAGGAACUUGAGGAUGGCAUUGAAUCUGUUGACAGCCUUUCAAGUACACCAACUGGUGUUGAGACGCCUGAUGUUAUUGACCUUCGUAAACAGCAGAGAAAGGAACCUGAUAGGCCGCUCUACCAAGUUCUUGAACAAAAGGAAGAGAGUAUUGCUGCUGGAACUUUACUUGGAACAACUCAUACGUAUGCAAUUCCCAGUGGUACUGCCCAAGAUAAGAAUGCUGCUAAAAAGGUGGAUCUGCUUAGGGGCCACAAAGCUGAUAUGGUGCAAGUCAGUUUGCAACCUGAAGAGCUGGAAGUCAUGGAUAAUGUUCUAUCUGCCAAGUACGAGGAAGCAAGGGAAGAGGAGAAAUUGCGAAGUCAGAAAGAGGAUUUCAGUGACAUGGUUGCAGAGAAUGAGAAGAAAAGGAAGCGCAAGAUGCAGGACAAGGAAGGAAAAUCGAAGAAGAAAGACUUCAAGUUCUGA